UUUCCACCAUUUUGGCUCAUCACAGAAGCAUUUAUAGCGUCUACUAUAUGUGUCCGUGGAGGAGACUCUGGUGGGUUUAUUUGGUCAAUCCCGCAACCUCAAAAUCAAAGUCUUGAAGUUUGGGAGUCUACCUUGCACCAAACUAGUCGUAAGCUGCCUAAGAUACCUUGUAUCUUUCGCAAGUUAUCAUCGUAUUUGCAACAUUAGCAACAUCGGAUAGCAUUAAGCAUCUGGAGAUUGUAAUUUUAUGUUAAACUGGGUAGCUUCAGGUGGGCUAUAGCUUAUCUAGCGUGUCAACAAACAUUAGGUUAUGAACUCUCUCGUCUGUUAUGGGUUGUCGUCUGAUUCUGAUAGCGACAGUGAUGUGAAAAAAUGCCGUCAAGAGGGAGAGACGGCAAGUGGGAAAACCGAGCCAGCGACACAGCAGAAAAAGGGACGUAACUUCCUACUGGAAUCCGGUUCAGCAUCCAGCGAUUCUGAACCCGAAGGUGAUUAUGAUGAUGAUGGUGGUGAUGAUGAGGAGAAGUGCUAUGAUGCCCGGACGGAGCCUCCCUUGCCCAUUCAGCAACAUAUACCUGAGGAGGCCAUUCCUCCUGCAUCAUCCACCCUAAAGGCCAACAAGCUGCCGCCCCCACCUCUUGGGACGAGUAGUGGUCUGGUGGGCAGUAGUGUUUUUGCCAACCCAUUUAAGGAACAGGCUGAUGAGCGACUGAAUGUACUGCAGAAACAUGUGCCGCUUACACUGCAGGCUAGACCUGCACAGAUAGGUGGUAAGAAAAUUUGCAUAGGCUACAGGAAGGAUGGACGUUGCCGGUUUGGGAGCCGAUGUAAGUUUGCUCAUGACAGUGAUCUCCAAAAUACAGCCACCCCGGUCCCUGAUGAGGGCCCAGAAACCUCCUCAGACCAGCCCAGCCCAACUCUGUUAUCAUCACAAACCCAUGAUUGUCAGACUCCCCUGCUUCAAAAACAGGGGCGCGAAGAGGGUGGAUCAGAGGAGGGGCGUAUGAAGAAGAGGAGAGUUGGCCUCAGUGAAACACUCAUCCCUCCAAAGCGGGCGUUAAAGCAGUUUGACAUGCAGAGGCAAAAGGACAGAGUAACUCCUUUCUGAGAGGAUAUGAUGAUGUAUUUGUCUGUGUGUGACAGUGUGUGAGUUUAGUGAUCCAAGGCAUGGAGAGGCCGUCUGUAAUUGUGAAACGGUUAAUUCUCGCUUGUUCUGCAUUUAAAAAUGAUUCUAAGGCCCCAUUUACCUACAUAAUGAUGAAUGGUAUACACUGGACUGUCCUUCGUAGUUCACUAUGUACAGAUUGGAAAACCUUACCAACAUUUGAGACGCCAGCCUUUUGGUUUUAAAACCAAUGGCAGUGGCUAGAUGAACACCCAUUUCUGGAGCCUAAAGGCUUGUGAAAUAUGAUGCUGUUGGUAAAAUAAAUUAUGUAUUAGUUAUGCUG